CCAUCAAUUGCAUUUGGUCUAAGUCGGCUGUAUGUAUAAGUGGAGACCCACUCAAACUCAAACAGAGCUUUGUAAAUUCCAGAUUCAUUCCCGCCAAUCUCUCUCUCUCUCCCCUCUUCCUAUUAAGCCUGCAAAAAAGGCAGUAUUGUCUUACUUAGGAGAAGGACUGCGUGACAGUAGGCUAAAGAUCGGUGAAGCCAAACCAGCAUGAAAGUUUGUAGAGAAACAAACAGGAAGGUGAUCAAGGUUCCUAUAGAAAGCAGAGCAGGUAUGGGAAGUAGCAUGAGAGAACAGAAAACAGGGAGAACUACCCGAGUCUGCCCCAAAGCAACAGGGAAAGGUGGGCGUGCUGAUGGCAUGUGUUUGAAGCUUCCUGACAAAGGUGGGCCCUUUUCAGGAAUAACAAAGGGACCACCUGAUCUUGAGUGUUGUCAAGGGAAAAUACUUCUUCCGCAGUCAAAGAUCAAGUUGCAGCUUUUCCCUGUAAAUGAAGUCACUCGCAUACGAUUGGAAAAGGAUGGACAUCAUCCAUAUUUAGAACUCAUUCUUAGACCACAGAAGAAGAUUACUUCUGUGCUAAAGCACCUUAAUGACAAGUGGGGGAAUUCAAGCGUUGCUCUUAAUGAGCCGGUUCUAUUCCCAUAUAAGAUGCAUGACAGUAUGUCUAGUAACAGAAGAUGGACACUGAAUGAUGGAGACAUUAGUGCCGGAGCUGUCUAUGCAGCUAUUGGAUGCCCUGCAGUUUUUCGCUUAAGGUAUGGCUGGCUCUCUUCUGAACCUAAAGGUGCUGAUCAACCUUCAACAUCAGCUAAUGACUUACAAUCUGAGGUCGAACAGAGAUGUAGAAGCGCCGCCACAGAGAAUGUAUAUGAUGAAUUAGGGAAACACACUGUGUUAGCAACAAAAGAUUUCAGAUCAAUCAAUGCAAGAGAAACAAUAAAUGCAGAUACUGAGAAUAUUUCUACUGGAGUUGUUGAUCUCAAGGAUGAUAUUCGGAGGAGGAUGGGUAACCAUACUCAGGAACCACUUUUGCUUGACAGUGUAACUAAUAUAAGCAUUGGAGGCCUACUUUCUGAAGCAUCUUUACAGGCCAAGUGCAAUAACAGUGAAGAAAAACAAAUUGGGAAAAAUGAAGGCUUUCAUCCUACUGAAACAAAAAAUGAUUCAAAGUCAUUUGCAUUGUGGGAUUGUCCUUCUAUAAGCAUUGGUGGCCUCUUGUCUGAAGCAUCCAUGCAGGGCAAGCUCGAUCAAUUUUAUGCACAACCAGUUGAGAGCAAUGCAGGCUUGCCACAUCCGCAAGGUCAAAGGCCAUCCACUCAUGACUCAUGCUUAUCUAUUUUUGAUGCUGAAGAAACUUGCCAUGCAUUUCCUUCUCAAAAAUUAUCUUUGUCGGGAAAAGAUGUUCUGGGGUUUGGUGGAAGUCGUGGAGGUUUCAACCAGAAUCCUGGUUCUAAACUAUUCAAGUUCCCUAAUGCAGCAAAGUCUAACAAUGUAGAUGGGCUGCCGCAAGACCAGCGUGCUUGUCAGGAAUCGAAUACAGCUCUCAUGAUUUGUUCGCGAGUGAACAACGAUGACAGAAGUCUUGGGCUGUCAGGCAUCAAAUGGACCGACUCCUUGGGGCCGUUUGAUCUUGGCCUCCCCGUUUCCCAGAAGCUCAUCACUGGAGAGAGUACAAGCAGCAUCGGUGGAUUUGUUAAGUAGCCGAAUACUCAGAUCAAUGCUUGGUACAGUUGUGGAAGCUUGCCAAAUUUAUUUGAGCUGGACUUGACAAAAUGAAUAUUAGAUGAAUUGAUGUGUUACUAAAAGCGCUCAUAUAACCAAAUGUGCUUCUGACAACGUUAAAGACUUUUUUUUUUUUUUUUGGGAAAAGGGAGAAAAGGUUGAAAGUUUUUCUUCCAGCAAGCAUUUAGAUUAUUGUUAAAAUUUUGUACCGUUUGGAAGUACUUGAUCAAGCACUUUCGCUCGUAAGAGCUUUGACUUGAAGUGCGUGUCCAAAAUUUUAAUAAAAACCGAAAUGCUUUUACAACCAACACUUGUAACUUUUGUGCCAAAUAUUAUUAGAAGCGUUUGUGGUUAUGCGGAA